GAAUCGGUAUUAAUUAGGUGAUAACCUUUCAAUUUAUUGCUUUGACAUUUCAAGAUCUGCAAUUGGCUAGAUUUUUAGUUUUUCUGUGUUUAUAUUGCGUUAUAUGUCUCUCUAGUGUUAUAGUUCUAUUGUGAUGGCAUAGGGUAAGAUUGAAUGCUUUUGGUAGAUUUCAGUCAAAAUUGUGAAGCUGGAUGCUUUUGUUUAUGUAUGCAGGAGGUUUCAGUUAGCGCUUUCUAAGAACAGGAAGAAAGAGAAUCUGUUUGCAAAUCGGGUCUUCGAUAUUUUUGAUGAUAAGCGCAAGAGAGUGAUUGAUUUUGGUGAUUUUGUCCAAGCACUCAAUGUAUUCCAUCCUAGUGCCCCACAAGAAGACAAGAUUGACUGCAAAGCAGAUGUCAAUUGCACAGUUAUGUGAAUCUGAGAUGAAGUUGACCGAUGAAAACGUUGAGGCAAUACUUGAUAAGACGUUCGUGGACACUGAUGUUGAUCAGGACGGAAAGAUAGAUAGAAGUGAGUGGCAGAACUUUGUUUCAAGGAAUCCAUCAUUAUUGAAGAUUAUGACCCUUCCUUAUCUCAGGGACGUAACGGACAUUCCCGAGCUUUGUUUUCAGUUCUUCUGAAGUUGCAAAACCUAGGAAAGAUGAUGCUCUAUUUUAGUGAUUUAACUCGGUUGGUUUUUGGUUUGACAAAAGUAGCUGUGUGUAAAGGAUGCUGAUUUUUCCCUUUAUGGAUGUAAGGCUAUAGCUGUCUAGAUCAAUUCGUGUAGCAGCUGAAUACGAUUAUGAUUAGGAAUGUUAGUCUAACACCCACUCUGGUGCGACUGAGCAUUAUUUCUGCAGCGCUGAGGUGGAGUCCGGUAUAUCUAAGCUAAAAUUACGGAAAGAGUCAAGUGUAUAUAUAAAGGUGACAUUGUGGUAUGGUAUAUAAGGUUGGUUCUAAUCACCUUUUAUUCA